GGCUGUGUGUUUGUCUGUGUGUUUCCAAAUCAACUUAUCCCCCAUGUGCAAUUACAGCCAGGAGACUCUGUGCUUGAUUGGCAUCUACGUGGUUCCAGUGAAUUUCUGACGAUGAGAGUUGCUGCCUGUAGAUCUGAGUUAGGUUUGAGGAACAUGUUUUGUCAGGCUUGGAGAUAGUUUGAAAUAAUUUUGCCCAGCUAUUUUGUGGCUCUGAACUACAAUUAUGCCAGGAAGUUGAUUCUGCAGCUGUUUCUGAAUACAGACUGAAGGCCUGCGGUGUGCCAGAGAGCAUCGGCCAGGACACAAGGGCAUUCAGCAACCAGGAAAUUUACUGGCUUUUUUGAGGAAGAAGCAAAGAGGAAACCUUUAUUUCUUAUGUAGUUGGAAAGCAGAACAAUACAGCUUUGACACCUGGUUAACUUAAAAAAGCAUUUUUCAAAAUACCUCGACUGUGAAUCUUGUAACUUGGACAUAAAAGUGCCUUCGGACUUGUGCAAAUAAUUCAUUGGAAGAAUUGCUUGGACAAAGGACUCUUUGACAAAUCAUGGCGAAGCACUUGGAGAUCAUCAAUCUGUCAUUUUUGUUGGAACAUGAACGGGAAAUGAUAUUGGGAGUAUUGAAGAGAGAUGAAUAUCUGAAAAAAGUUGAAGAUAAAAGGAUAAGGAAAUUGAAAAAUGAGCUUCUGGAAGUGAGAAGGAAAGGUGGAAACCGACACUGUCAACAGGACAACAGCAGAGUCUGUGUUCGUUGUCAGAAAAGCCUGGGCUUAAUCUUUGACAGAGGAGACCUGUGCCAAACCUGCAAACUUAGAGUUUGCACUAAGUGUCGUGUUGUGGGAGCUGAUGGGCAGUGGAAAUGCUCGGUGUGUGCUAAGAUUGCACAGCUAAGGAUUGUGACAGGAGAAUGGUUUUUUGAAGAGAGAGCCAAGCGCUUCAGACAGUCAAAUCUUGGAACCGAUGUUGUCAGACAGUCUAUCCUACGCAAAUCCCCAGAUACAGUUUCCAGUAAGGAUGAAGAAAGAACAUUCACAGAUCAACCCCAAGAGAAUGAAGAAAAAGGGCCAGAUAUAUCAACCUCCUCCGUAACUGGGCAUAAAUCAGUCUUUGGCGGACCUAGAAAGAUAGGGAAGCUAAUUAGGGCAGUUACCAAAGGAGAAAUUAUGUAUACAAAAGAUGAAAAUGGAAGGAACAUAGGCUCAGAAGCUGAAAGCCAAAGUCUGUGCAGUGGCAAGUCAACACCUUGUUCUGAGAGAGGGAGCACUCUUUCACUGAACAGCAGCGAUACAGAAGCUGCUGCAGGCCAUCUGAAAGGGGCUGCGGGUCCUGCAAACAGAAGCAGUGUUUCCAUACCUUCCCUCCCGAGGUCUCCAGCACUGAGCACACGCAGCAUGACUGCAGACUAUAGCAGGAACAAUGGCUUAGAAAAUGGCAUGGUUAUUCCAGAAAGUGAAAGUGUACCUGAAGAUUUAGUAAAGAAGCAGCACAGGAGGAAAGCAUCUGGAACACCUUCCAUUGCAGUUUCUAGAGUAUCUUUGUCAUCAGACCGUAGCCGAUCUGAGAUAGAUUUGAGUGAAUCUUUCUCUGAAGGAAAAGAGGAUACCCUGAGCAUAAGAAGCAAAUCUGUACCUAGUGCCUUAGAUGAGGACCUGGAUUACCUGGAUGAAACAGAAGAAGAUAUUGAUGACAUAGUGGCCUCUCGUUAUUCAAGGAAACAUGGACAUCUGACAAGUGCAUUAUCAAGAAACUUCCCAGAAGCAUCUGACAGAAAAUGGACCUACUUAAAUGUGCCUGAAACAGAUGGUGAUACUACUAGCAUUAACAGCAUGCUGAGCGUAUAUAGUGAAACUGGUGACUAUGGCAACGUGAAGGUCAGUGGUGAAAUCCUUCUCCAAAUCAACUACAGCUACAAAACAGGUGCCCUCAACAUCUUGGUGAAAAGCUGCAGAAACCUGGCUGUUGCAGAUGAGAAAAAGCAAAGGACUGAUCCAUAUGUCAAAGCAUACCUUCUGCCUGAUAAGUCCCGCCAAAGUAAACGCAAGACCAAAAUUAAAAGUAACAGCACCAAUCCAGAAUUUAAUGAAACGCUGAAGUAUGUCAUCAGUCAUACACAGCUAGAAACCAGGACCCUGCAGCUUUCUGUCUGGCACUAUGACAGAUUUGGACGCAACAGCUUUCUUGGAGAAGUGGAAAUUCCAUUUGAUUCCUGGAACUUUGAAAAUCAGGGCGAUGAGUGGUUUGUGCUCCAGCCCAAGGUGGAGGUUGCAACAGAUGUUGGGCUUCAGUAUAAAGGAGAACUGACAGUUGUUUUACGUUACAUUCCCCCAGACAGAAACCUAAUGCUUCCUCUAGGGCAGUUUCAAGGAAAGAAGAGCUUCAAAAAAGGAAAAAAGGGAGAGUCUCAUCUGCCAUCUGGAGGUAUACUAGAAGUCCUCAUCAAAGAAGCUAAGAAUUUAACAGCGGUGAAAUCAGGAGGCACAUCAGACACUUUUGUGAAAGGAUACCUGCUCCCAGAUGACAGCAAAGCUACAAAACACAAAACUCCCAUAAUAAAAAAGAAUGUGAACCCCCAGUGGAAUCAUACAUUUGCUUUCAGUGGCUUGAACGCCCGGGAUAUACAUAAUGUCUGCCUAGAAUUAACUGUGUGGGACAAGGAGUCACUCUCCAGUAAUAUUUUUCUGGGAGGUGUCCGUUUGAGCACUGGAAGUGGUGUAAGUAAUGGCAAGGAGGUUGACUGGAUGGACUCUCAAGGAGAAGAGCAGCACCUCUGGCAAAGGAUGAUUGACAGUCCUGGAGCAUCUGUGGAGGGGAUAUUAAUGUUGAGAUCCAGCAUGGGAAAACGUAGACUCUGAAAGACUUUGAACUACUGAGGGGUACCACAGGUACUCCUGAUUUCAGUGGUUUUCAGCUCCUCACACUUUGAAAGUGGUGAAGGGUUGUACUCUUUGCCUUGGAUAUUAAGGCUCCAAGUGAAAUUUUAAUGCAUUCUGCACUUUCAUGCACAUAUUUUUAACCCAGGCUUCUUGGACAGAUUAUGUUUCUCCUGAAGCUUGUGAGAAUUUGACCUUGUACAGAGAUCAGGCUGGCUUCCUCUGUCCCUUCUGGUGACUGGUGUACAGAUGGUAAACACUUCUGCUGGUGGGGGACAUGGAGCUAGCAAACUCUCUAUGUAGUCAUUUAGUAAGUAAUGUUUGCUUUACGUAUCUCCUCCUGGGUCAAAGAUGGCCUAGAAGACAGUAGUGAUACAGUACAAGCAGAUUCAGAAUGAGUCUGUGCUUUGUUAUUUGCAAGAUGAGAAGCCAUAAUGUUCUGAAGGAUAACAAACAUUUCUUUUUCAUGUUUGCUUUUUGGGCUAUGCAGUGUGCAGGAAGGCAGGCUUGGGACCAAGCAGCCUUCUAAGGAAACCAAUGCACUCAUCAUUGCACACUAGAAAUAGUCAGCAGAUGAAGGGGUAUAAAGUGCCAAUGUUCAGCAUUCUCUGGAUGAUUUUACUGCAUAUAAGGCAGAUUUGGUUCAAUGUGAUCAAAGAGCCUCUAAUGAAAAUAAUGAUAACAAAUCCCUAUAACAUUUCUACAGCUAUGUGGUGUUACCAUGUUUUUUGUUCAGCUGACAGCUCUAGCCAAGAUCUUCCGAUGUCAUUGAAUAGAGGGAAUAUGUUCACAUGCCUGUCCCACCUGCUGAGUUGCUGAGAUGAGACACAUACUGGUUUGGGGCAUUAAAAAAAUGUGGAAUUUUCCCUGAAGGGGCUGGGAUCCUGAAGGUUUGGCCAGUUCAGUCAUUAAUCUCAUUAACCACAACAAGUGUUCAAGAGUAAUUUUGCUCUUUGGUUUCAUAAAGUGAUCUUUGUACCUGCUUAGAUCUGCCGUCCUCUGCAGACUUAUUUAGGUCACUUGUGAAGAACAUGCUGUUUUGUAUAGCUGUGGGCUACUGCAGCAUUUAAACAGCAGUAGUACCGUGAUAAGAGGGGAUUAUAAUCUCUUUCAAGGACAGCACUGCUCUGGAUAAAAAUAUAACUGCAUCACACAUAAUUGCUCAGGGUAUGAAACAAAGGAAGACUGGUAAACUGAAUGAAAACUCCUCUGAAUCUUUCAGAAUUGGAACAUUGCUUCCUAUUUGAAUGGGUAAACUAAUCCGUAGCUACACUUAUUCCUUAUUUUUCUACAAAUGUUUCUCUUUUGGAAGUAAUAUCUUAUUAGUACUAUGGAAACAAAUUUGAAUAUUUGGAAACAUAAUCCUUACAUAAAAUACUGAUUAAAAAAACAAGCUUUCAGAGGAUGUUUCAUUCCCUGUAUAUCAAAACACCGGUGUUUAAAGACUUCUGUGAAGAAUCAAGGCCAUAAAAUCUUGUUUGAGAGAUAGAAAAGCUGUUCUUCACAAUGUAGAAAUUGCAGGAAUUCUAGAUGGAGCAACAACAUAUGGAGAACUGAUAGCUAAGUAAGUGUAGGUUAAAAUUUUGUCAUCCAUUGCUGUUCUAGUUUAUAGUCAGUAAAUGUAUUUAGAGCUGAAUCCAAAAUGAUAACAUUUAAUAUCCAUUCCUUCCCACUGCUCCCCUCUUUCCCUCCUCCCCCCAAAAUACACUGUUUUUGGUUUGAGUGGCUUGAAACUGUGGGGAAGUUUGCAAGCAGUCUUUAAAAAUCCUAUUAUUAUUAAAGACAUUUGGUUUUAUUUAUUUUUGUUAAAAAUAGAAUCUUAGUUUUAAUAAAAACAGAUUGAUUUUAAAUAUUUUUUUUGGUUAAAAUUAUGAUAUGCCAUUGAAGGUAAGGCUUCUGCCCAGUUUGAUACCCCCCAGUUUUUAGAAACUGAGUCAUCUUUGGAGUUCUCAUAAAAAAAUCUCAGGUAGGGAAUCAAAUGUCAAUAGUUGUUCCAGUUGACUUCAUUUUCCUUCUUCAUCUGUUCUUCAUUUUCAUUUGAAAUCCUGGUCAAAUUGGGCAGUGAAGCAAGCUUACUUUAGUUUUAUCCUGCUUUUCAUCAGGCUGCAGAUGCUGUGAGCUGAUGAAGUAGAGCACAAAUAUCAAGCACACAUUUUAUGACCUUUCUUUUAUCAUAAUAGACUUUCUUUAAAUACUAUUUUUUUUUUAUUUUUUUUUUUAUCAGCAUCACUAAAGUGAAACCAAACCUAACUUCUGGCACCUAAACUAUGUCUCAAUUUACAGAAUCAGUCUGAGUUGUCUUGCUUGUUUGCACCACAAACCAGAAUUUAUUUGGGGAGUAAUAAUAUGUUGACAUGGAGCCACGUGCUUGAUUUUUCACUUGCUCUAAGUUGAUUUAAAAAGAUAAAGCUUGUUAAAUCUAAAGGAAACGAUUAUUCAGGGUAGAAUUCCAGCUGGGCUUAUAGAGGAACAGCGGGAAGUCUGAGUUGUUUUUGUUUCAUUUUGGUGUUGAAACUGGGAAAACGGUAACACAAAAAAUCCUCCAUGUUGGACCCCACAGUGAAAACUGGUAUCUUUCACUGGAUUGAAAUCCUUAAAAUAAUUUGGAACUGAAUUGAAUCUCUUACUUAAAGUGGAGUAUAAGCAUUUAUCUAAUUUUUAAAGGGCAUUUUCUAACCUUCUAAGCAUUAACAUUGUAGUUAAAUCUAGUCUUGCUUCGAAAGGAAGUAGUCCAUGCUUCACUACUUUAGCUACUGCCCACUUUACUCCCAUUUUUAGGUCCUGUGUUAGAGUUUACCAUGAAUGUACUCACCUGGAAGGCAUCACCUGGCUCAUACACGGGCUUUUGGGAGAGCCAAAAUUUCUCUUUGGGCCUGCAUCUCAAAGCAUAGACCAGGCUAUGAAUAGAUUCUAGCCAUCACCUGCAGUUCAGCAUAUGAGGGGAACAAUUUCAAGCGGGUAUUUAUUUCAGCCAAGGCAGUGGUGUUUGCCGUUGAUAGGAUUUGGAGUAGGUACAGUGAAAUUACCUCUUAGGUUGGCAGUGACAACUCUACAUUAUGGUGACAUACAAUGCAUAUCAUACUCUGCCUCAGAGAGAUGACGAUCAUCAGUGUAAACACUAGAGCAAUUUGGAAGGCUUUGCUAUUCUGUGAUGUUAUCGACAGGAAGCAUUUGAUUUGUGGAAAAUGUCACAUUUAAUUAUCUCUCUUAUAUCCUUGUUCUCUUCCUUUGCAAAAAUGAUUUAUGGUUUGGAAAAAGCAUGAGAUGAUUAACUGCAGAUGUGAUUUCUUGUUUCCCAGAUAUUUGAACAAAUUGUCUGUAAUUGUGUGUCAUCGUGUACCAUGUAUUACUAGGCUGCAUAAAAAGAUGGAAAGCCAGGAGUCAGACUAAAGCCUUCCUUAUGUAUUUAUGUUUGUGAUAUUGAAGAUGCAUGGCUGGCUUAAGGCUAACUUCUAGGAGAAAAUAGCCACAAUUUUAACACUGAUUCAUAAACUCCUGUCCUGAGUAAUUAGACAGAGAAGAGGUGACGUUUCUAAAAUAUUUCUCCACACAGACUUGAAGAACUUAAGAUGCUACAGUGGAGAAGAAAUUUUCUCUGCACUUCUAUUUUUUAUUUUUUUUAUUUUUUUUUAUGUGAAAGAUGAUGCAUAUUACUAGCAAUGGAACUACAGGGUUCUCAUUGCUGUCCUCUCCCUCCUUGUGAUUAGAUUCUGAGAGUUUGAUCCAUUAAAGAAAAAAGUACA